CCGCGCACGGGCGGAGGGUCGUGAGCGGCGCCAUGGCGGAGUUCAGCAUCGACCAGAGCAGCCUCCCCGCCGUCAACGCAGUAUGUCGUCAGUUUGCAGUUCGUGAGGAUCACAGUCUGGCCCACAACCUUCAGGAGCAGGAGAUUGAACAUCACUUGGCAUCCAACGUGCAGCGAAACCGUUUAGUUCAGAAUGAUCUGCAAGUGGCCAAGAAGCUGCAAGAGGAGGAGAAUAAGAAAGCCCAAAUGCGGCUUCAGAGACGCCAGCGAGAGAUGGAGCUCCGCGACAACCAGAUGGCUCAGGUGAUUCAGGAUGAGCUUGCCCUGGAAAAUGAAAAAAGGCGACGCCAGGAGGAGAAGGACGAGGCCAUUGCUCGUAAGCUCCAAGAGAAGGAAGAGAAGCUGAGACGGAAACACCAGGUGCUAGAUCGUGAACCAUUAGAUGCUGCCUUUGAAGGAAAUAGAGACCAUAUGAAAAGUGGGGUGCACAAACCUGAUAGAAACAGCAGGCUUGCCUGUGGCUCCCACAGAAACAGCAAUUCAGGGGGCUCCCAGCUGAGGGGAGCUGUAGGAGGAUCCUGUUCGAAGGUUUGUGCAGAUGACUGGAUCGCCGAGCCAGCAACAUGUGGCUCCACUCAGAGGCUCCACAGCUCUGAGGCUGAGGGUGAUGACAGUUCUCUCGACACUGGAAGACAGAAGGUUGAGAGCUGCUCUCCUCAGAAGGAGCCACCAAUGAGACCACCUCCACCAGUCGUAAACUCAGCCUCCAAGGCAGCCUACAGCUACCACGGUAAGGGCGCUCGACCCAAGGUCAUUCGUGUGAGGGAUGAUCGUGGUGCUCACCACCGGAAACACAGGGACAGAGCAAAGCGUGACUAUAGCCCUGAAAUGCUUGGGGCAUGUGGCUACAGUCCUGAGGAACUGAGGGGGCGACAUGGAGAGGACAGAGAUGGUGGCAAGAGGAGGAAGGAGUGGCAGCACUCAGCACGUUCGUGGUCACCUGACCUGAAGAUAAGCGAAGAACAAUGCCCAGAACAAGGGCUGAAGCCCAGGAUGGAGUAUGGAGUGAAGGAAGCCAUGCACGGGAUCUCAAGAAUGAGCACCAAGGACCUGGAGUUGAAGGAUGCUGAACUGGCACGAAAACUUCAGGAGGAAGAGAUCAGGGCUACUCAGAGUUCUGAGAGAGCAGCUCAGUUGGCGCAAGAUGAGGAGAUUGCUCGGUUACUAAUGGAAGAGGAGAAGAAGCAGGUUCUCAGGAAAUCCAAGGAAAAAGAUUCUUCACGAAGGACAGAGGAAGAAAGGAGGAAGGGAUCAUUGGACUGGAGGAAGCUCGAGCUAGAGAGGAAGCACAACGGCGGUGAGUAUGUCAGAGCCAGGCCGCAGGACGAGCUGGAGCCGUUAACAGGGAAGCCUGAACGACCAGCAAGACUCCCUGCCCAGCGAGUGGGGUCUGAAGACUUGGACCACAGGCCAGGCUCACAGCGUCCAUCACGUCCUGUCUCUCGGCCUUCUGAGUCGUCACAGAAAGUUUCCUAUUACAGGCAAUGAUUGAGGAAACCGAGCAGUUUCAUAAAUGAAGGGGAUUUAAUGUCUUGAGAGUUUCGCCUGUUUUUAUCCAGUGUGGAUUGGGCCAUUGUUACUGGAAAAAAGUGCAACCUGUGCUUCCUUCGACUCGUCAAAGUGGAGAAAACCCUCUCGGAUAUUUGGCACACCGGAAUGAAGUGAGCCAGUACACAGCCCUGUUCUUGUUUUACGACAUAGAAUCUUCACUAUUAAUGUGUUUGCACAAAUAGCAGGAGAGAGACCUUUUGAAAUGUUUUUUAAAUUAACAAUGUUAAGUUGUACUAACUUCUAUAAAUAUUUUUGUUUCUAACCAUUUAACCAGGGCUUUCAGUUGGUCUUUGCAGUACUGUGCUCAGCUUGGAAUGGCUUGCAUCUGCACCAAAGUUUCUCCCUCCCUCGCCCACCCACCCUGGUUCAUGUUAGUGUGACCACCAAAUUCUUGCAUUGAUUUAAUUUGACUGAAUGGUCCAGUAAAUUCAUGACUUGAUAUCUGAAGAUCUGACACACAUCCCUGGUGUUGCUGGUGAGACCUGGUUCUCCUGUGGGGAUUCCAUCAAACACACUGAACAGCACAAAAACCUUUGUUCUAUGGGAAGUCACUUGGUGUAUUGUGACCUUUCUGUUUUAUGCAGAAACAUUUCCACUUUAACAAAUAAUUGAUUGCCAUAUCUUUCUUCUUGCUGUCUCAAGAAAUUUGCAUAAUGUUAUUAUAAUCAAAUUACAUCGACACUUUCGCAUAUCUAUCGUACGUUUAAAAUCCUGUAAGUGUUAACGCACUUCCCAUCAACAAUUAUCCAUUAUAUGUUUCUGCGUCCACAUUUAAAUUAGAAAUUGCCAAUGUAAACCUGCUGUAAUUGUAGUCCUUAAUAUUGGAGAAGCAGCAAUAACAGUGCGAAUAGACCGUGGCAAGUUUGCAUUGGCAGUUUGUUCCAUCUGUGGCCAAUGAAUUCUAUAAUCACUGUAUAAAAAGAAUCAAAAAGGGAAUUGAAUUACUGGCCUACUUGUCCUGGUGACUCUCCUUGUUGGAGUCUAUAACUGGCUGCAAUUUUUCAGAGAAGGCGUAUUAACAACUUUUGGUUGUCGAUUUGCAAGGUCACCCAUUGGCAUUCUGCUGUGUGACUACUUGGAAGAAUGCUUUAUUCAUUAGGAUCUGCAGGGCUAUGUUCAGGAAAUCCUCAGGCAUAAGUGGGUAGUGCCCAUCUCCUCCAUCCGACUUGUCAAAGGUAGAUGGGAUCAGCCUGCCAUCUCCAAACAGAGUGAAAUACCAGCGAGUGAUAAACCACUGGCUUCUGUUUAGUUGUUACCUGGUAUAACUAUAGUUCUAGGUAUAGGAUCUUCACAGACUGAUAACAUUUUGGGGAAAAGCAGACUUAAUCCUAACCAGCAACCCACUGUCCCCAAAUGUCCAAGGAUCCCAAACUCUUCAUGGUUUGGAAUGGCACACAGGCCAUUAUGAAUCAAAUGAACUUAGCUUAGGUGUGUAGGAAAUAGUUGCAACAUAACAUGCGACUUUUGUGAUAAGAUCUGUUCUAUAGAGACCCUUACUGUGUCCCUCUAAGUAAAGGUGCUGCCCCCUCCAGCCAAUGAUGCAUGCUGCAUGUGUGUUUGUCAAGCAAAUGUAAAUCACUGAUGCAUGUUGUGUGUUGAAGCUGCCUCGUGCAUGUCGAGCAGCUGGAGUGAGCAGAGGUCUGAGACUGCCAAGCUGCAAGGUCAGGCAUUUCAGCCACUGAAGCAGAUGCCCUGAUUUUACUCAAAAGUAGUUUGUGGAUCUUUUAAUUUAAUUACCCAUAAAAAGGUGGAAUGCAGGAUGUAAUAGGAACCUCCAUGAGUCAGUGUUUUAAAUGUCUCAAAUUUUCUAGCACACUUUCUAUGAUGUACAGUACUCUCCAGAUUUUGUGCACACCAAGCUUUUCCCUGUGGAGGAAGAGGAUCCAGUAGAAGCAGCCUGUAGUUUGGCCACAUCUGUGAUGGGAUAAGAUGGGAUCUUGCUAACAGUGUGCCUUGUGAAUGCACUUCUUCGGGAACACUGCUGCCCUUCAGUGUGGUGUUCCCAUGCAGGCUGUAUAAUUGAGGCAGUGUAACAGAAGGCCUCAAGAUCUCUUGUCCCCGCACUGACGCUGGUACUUGGGGACGGUUUGCUUUGCCUUGGAAACAAACUUCAUUGGAUUUCAAUUUAUAUGCAAUAGUAAACGGUUUUAAAGGUGGGCCAGUCAGGGGAACCUUUCAGUGUUUCUUUUUCUAUAUCUGACCUAGCAGACCAAAUUAAAUCAACCUUUGAGGAGGUUUCCACUCUCGUUGUCACUGGUACCCUCCCUGUUCCAUGCACCGCAAGCUUCCUUCAUGCUGUCCUGUGGAGAUCAGUGACGGUACCUCCGUAUCCCUACCCUCACUGUCCUGUUGAGAUCAGUGAAUCUCCAUCUCCCUGCCCUCACCAUCCUGUGGAGAUCAAUGACGGUACCUCUGUCUCCCUAUCCUCACCGUCCUGUGGAGAUCAGUGAACCUCCAUCUCCCUACCCUCACCGUCCUGUGGAGAUCAGUGAACCUCCACCUUCCUACCCUCAGCAUCCUGUGGAGAUCAGUGAAUCUCUGUCUCCCUACCCUCACCGUCCUGAGGAGAUCAGUGAUGGCACCUCCAUCUCCCUACCCUCACUGCCCUGUGGAGAUCGGUGACGGUACCUCUGUCUCUGCACCCUCACCGUCCUGUGGAGAUCAGUGAGGGUACCUCCAUCUCCCUACCUUUACCAUCCUGGGCUCAAAACGAGUGUCUGCACAAUCUGCCCGGCACUUUCCUUCUGAAGCUAUUUAAUCUGUUACUUGUCCUUCAGUGCUUGGAUUUGGGCAUCAGUGCAGCCUCUCACAUGUCCUUUACAUUAAGGGAUAAGGUAGUGGCACAGUGGUGAAUGGACCAGUAACCCGGAGGCCUGCACCAACAAUCCAGAGGCACGAGUUCAAAUCACACCUGUGGAAUUUAAGUUCCAUUAGUCUUCUGGAAUUUUAAAAAAGCAGCAGGUUUUGGUAAAAACGCUAUAUUGUCAUAAAGCCCACCUUGUUCUGCCACCCUUAGAGGGCUGGUGCCUCCACACCGUAGAUGAGGCUGACUCUUAACUGGCCUUUGAAAAGGCCCAGCAAACCAUGGCUGUAUCAUAACUGCUGCAUUAAAGCAGAGAAAAAGAGAGCUUGAUGCAACACCUACUGUUCCCUCGGGUAGCUAACCUGGACCACCACAAAGUUGUCCCCAAUCCAUCUGACCUUGCCACAAUCACGUACUGAUGAAUAUCUGGGGCCAGUGGUUAAAAAGUGGAAGAGCAGGCUAAGGAGCGAUCUGACCAAAUCAUAUCCUCACCAUCAUAGUUAUCAGACACGUGCCUGAUUCCAUCACUAUCCCUGGGUACAUCCAGGUCCACCAAAGGAGAGGCUCACCCAAGAUGGUGGCACAGUGGUGUACAGGUGGGACGGUGUAGCCCUGGGCAUCCUCGUCAUUGGCUCUAGACCCCUUGACGUCUCAUCGCAUCAGACCAGUCUUGGCAAGGAAACCCUGUUCUGUUCACCACCCACUUUCCCCUUGUGCCCGAGGCAGCAAUGCCAAGAGAGCACCAGGCAUGAGCUGGUAAGUGACGGGUAACGUUCGAGUCACAGAAACACCAAGAAAUGACCUUCUCCAAUAGGAGAGAAUUCCACCUCCUGCCCUCGACAUUCAAUGGCAUCAAUAGCCUGGUAGUUACCGUUGACCAGACACUCACUGGACCAAUCACAUAAGUACAGUGGCUGCAAGAAGAGUUUAAAGGCUGGGAAUCCAGUGGUAAGGGACUCACCUCCUGACACUCCAGACACAAGUAGAGAAUGUGAUGGAAUACUCUCCACUUCCCUGAAUGAAGGCAAUGCCAGCAAAAGUCAAGAAGCUUGUCACUCUCCAGGAGAAAGCACCUUGGGUGAUAAGCAGCCCAUCAAUCACACUGAAAAUUCAUUCCCUUCACCACUGGCACACAGUGUGUGCCACCUACAAAAUGCACUGCAGUUACUCACCCAGCCUGCUCUGACAGCACCUCCCAAAUCCAUGAACUGUACCACCAAGUAGGGCAAAGGCAGCAGGGGUACAGCAAGUACAUCACCCACAGGCUUCCUUCCAAGUGCACACCAUCCUGACUUGGAGAUAUUGCAUCCCCUUCACUGCUGUGUCUAAAUCCUGGAACUCUCUCCCCAGCAGGACUGUGGUGACUCACCACCAGCUUCUCAGGGGUGGUUAGGGAUGGACAAUAAACUAACUUUUUUCUUUUUCUUUUCUUUUUUUCUAUUUUUAAAUAUUGUGCUGCCUCUCCAGAUGUUGUAUCAAUGAUCAUAUCUGACAUGGCCGACGUUGAUCUUCCAAUGGCUCCACUGCUGUCUAAGUGUAGUCAGACUGCAGUAAACAAGAGCUUCCUUUGACCUGUGUCCAGCACCCAAAUGUCACUCCAAGUGGACAUGUUUUCACCAAAGUAUGCAGCUGAACGGCAGCAAUCAAUAUCAGCUCCCUCACACCCACAGUGGCAGUGAGGUAGCCAAGUUAGCAAAUCUUGGUGCUUAACCUAAAGGAAGCUUCAAGCAGACUUUGUAAACUCCAGACACAAUCAAUCCAGUGAUCAGUGGAUUAGCCAUUUCUGGUUUUACUGAUGUGUAUCAGUGGUACUCACGCAGAGACCUCCUACUUUCAGACCAUCACUCACCCUAACACCGCCCUUGUUUUGUCUGGCUGUGUCACUGAUGUUAAAUUUCAAGUUUAAUUUCCAACCCACUUCAUUGCCCCUAUGGCCAGCAAUUCCCUGACCGCACUGUUCACCCGAGAUGUCUGAGAGUUCAGCUUGCCUUUCCUUCCCCAGUGCCCAUUGGCUUGGGGAAUAUCGGCACAGAACACCACUUGAAUCCAAGGCUCCCUCUGAUAACGUCCCACUCUGUGGAGUGUUCUUGUUCUACAACCACCCAAGGUAUAAUAACACCCAAGUCCAUAUUCCUCAACCUUGCACUCCUGUGUCUGCAGGCAUCCAGGCCCUUCCUGUACAAUGUUCCUGCAUAGCUCCUCGCAUGUUACCCUUCUACUCCAUUGCUCCAUUCUUGAGAUGUGACCAUCAGCAAUGUCCAGUUGGCCUGAGACAUUGUGGUCAGGCUAAUUCAUUGAACUGUAGAGUGUCCAACACAACGAGGUGACUUCAGAGGGUGGGUAGAAAUCAACUGUGGAAUAGGAGUCACGUACAGGAUGGUUAGACAAAGAUAGCAGACUCCUGCCCUAGAGGGCAUCAAUGAACCUUCUGGAAUAUUUUAUGACAAUCUGACGUUGUGCAUUCUUGCCAAGACCAACUGUUUAUUUUGAGCUGCUUUCAAGUUUCAAAACAGUCAAAUAGAAUUUGUACUUACACAGGCUGCACUGUUGGGAUGGGUUCAGGAUUACUGGUCUGGUACCAUGUCCCCUCUACAUAUCUGUGAAUAAGCACCCUUCGUACAACCUUGCCUUCUUUCACCAAGGUUUGAUCACUGCACUAACCUCACCGUCCUGCACCCCCAGCUUCCAAACUGCAUAGUUACCCCUCCAAAUCCUUGGGCACCUUUGUAUUAAUGAGCUGUCUUGUUGAUCUUUGCUCUGAAUUGGAAUCCAGAAAAGUAAUUUGGGAUUUGCAAGUUCAAUCAUUCCCUGAUUUAUGAUAGACUCUUUAAAUGGAUUUUCAAUCCCUGGAUUCAAAGCACACCCCCCCCCCCCCCCAAUACAACGUGCUUCACUUUGAUUAGUUUCAGGUUGAGUAUGAGACGAUACAAAGCAAAUCAUUCCUCAAAGGGUAAAUUCAUCAAUAAAGAAGCAAUUUAGUCUCGUCUUCCCUGGUGUGCAUUGUGCUUCUGGGUUUUGCAAUUCAUUAAGGAUACCUGCGAAAGGACUUGCAUUGCAGCAGCAUCCACCUUAUACUCCACUUGGAGGCCAUGAACCCUCCUCCUGGGAAUGCCCUCUGUCCUUUGGAGACGUGCCUCAUUACUGCCUCCAGCCAAUGGUUUGUUGAUAAUGAAAAUCUCAAAGGAAAACUAUAUUUUGUCAGGAUUGAGGUUGGGGUCAACACGUAGCCUCGUGGUUUUGUUCUUCAAAUUGAGAAUCCUAGAGGCCUGCAUCAACAUCUGAAAAUAGAGGUAGCUCGCUCAUUUGUUGAUGCCGCGUUUGAGGCUCAGUAAAUGGUUGGAGUGAAGGAGGGGUGGAGGGGAAGUGAUGGGGUGAUCCCUAAAGCUACAGACAGAUUGACGAAGCUUUCAGCCAGCAAACUCCAGAGCAGUGUUUGGUUAGUUGUGUUCCCCUUUCUCACUCAGUGUUACUGUCUCACCUCUGCUCCUUCCAGCUGAUUUUAUAUAUAUAUAUAUAUCUAUAUAUAUCUAUACAUAUCUAUAUAAAUAUAUUCCAGAUAUGACCAAAUAUUAUUGUGGAUAGCAGCAUUUAUUUGCCAAAUGAUCACUUUGUGCUUUUCUGAGCACACUUCACCACGAGAUCUGAUUCAUGUUCAUUAACUAUAUUACCAUGUUACCCAUUGCUAACAAGCUGCUUCUGUUAAUGGUAUUCAGAUUAUUUUUGUACAUCUUUGUAAUUAAGUUUAAAAUUGUCAACAACGUGUGUUUUUCUGACAAUAAACAUGAA